CGUGAUGAGGCACAAGGGCCCAUCACGUGAGUCAGGCGGAGAGCGGCGAGGACCAAAGUACGACUGCAGACUGGGCAGGACUCAAUGGGGUCGAACAGCCAUGCACAAGUACUGCCGGGCUCCGAACUGCUCCAACACUUCGGGCCGACUGGGCGCUGACAACCGCCCUGUGAGCUUCUACAACAUGCAGCUUCCUUGCAAGAUGGCUGCCAAGUGCCCCAGCCAUCAUCACCUGGUUCCCACUGAACCUGCUCAGGGUCAUGGGAUCAGGGACUGGCUGCGGCACAUGGGCCAUGAGGACUGGGUGCCCAGCUGCCGCCAGCACCUGUGCAGUGAGCACUUCACACCAUCCUGCUUCCAGUGGCGCCGGGCUGUGCGCUACCUGCGGCCUGAUGCAGUGCUGUCCAUUUUCUCCCCGGCACCCCCUGCUAAGAGGCAGCAGAGUUCCCGGAGCACUGAGAAGCCAGGCGUGCCUCCCUCCCCACCGGAGGCCACGCCCCUAUCCCCAGGGCCAGCUGUGGCCCCUGGCCCCGUGCACCUUGUGGUACUGGGGUCAGCAUCCGGAGGCCCUGAGGCCACGACCGCCGUGUUCCUGACCCCCCUGCCCCCUGCUCCUGCCGGGCCACAGCCUGGAGUCUGGGCCCAGCACCCCCUGGCCAGGCUGGGCACAGUCCUGGGAGCGCUGCAGCGGCGGGUGCGGAGACUGCAGCGGCGCCAGGAGCAGCCCCAGGGGCAGCUGCGGGCUGUGGAACAGCUGGGGCAGCAGGUGUGCAAGGAGGGCCUGCCACCUAGGGGCACCGGGGCCUGCCGUGCCUGCUCCCUGGACCUGAGGAGUCCCAUCAUCUGUGGAGGGCCUGACAUAGCUGUGGUCAUUGCCCAGAGUCCUGCACCUCCCACACUGGAUGCCAAGCCUGAGCUCCUGGACACUGAGACCCCCAGUGCAUAAGGACCAGGACAGAUAAUG